AAUGGCGGGGUAGUAGUCAUAUUCAGCAAUAUUCACGGUUCUGAGAAUAUCCCCGUUUCAUCACAUGCCUAUUUAGAAUUUUGCUCCGGGACCCGUAGCAAAUGAUAGCUCCGAUUGAAUCAAAGCAAGGCGACUUCGCGCUGGAUGAAGCAAUAUUAGAAGGUCCCACUCAUCACCUCAAUGGUGUGUGCCCCUCUCUAACUAUUUCAGUAUUACCAAAAGGAACAAGCGUCGUAUCGGCAGAGAGUUGGGGUCUUUCUGCUUGCACAAAGACUGCUAAGAUAGAGGCUGUACUGGAAGAUGGGACUAUUAAGAGAUACUUCCUUAAAGUAGGUAAAUAAGAGAAAAUUGCCUCUCGAUACAUACCCUCCAGAUCCUGCAGGGCUUGCUACCACCAUAGCGACACUCCACAGAAACUCGAAGUCGCCAAAUGGAAUGUUCGGGUAUCCUAUCAUUACUGGGCGCGGGACUUUGAAUCGAACUAAGCAUUGGCAUGAAAGCUGGGCAGUUCAACUCACCUAUUUACUGGAAGACCUACUCAAGCUAGACAACCAAGUCAAUGGUCAUUGGCCAGAGUUUGACAUAGCAUGUAAACAGCUUAUAGAAGGUGUCAUCCCCAGGCUUUUAGGGGUACUACAGUCCGAAGGCCGUACCAUCAAGCCCACAUUGGUCCACGGAGAUCUCUGGGAAGGAAACGUGGCAACAGACAUGAACACCGGCGCUGUGAUUGCAUUCGACUUUGACGAGUGCAUCUACGCGCACAAUGAAAUCGAGCUAGGAACCUGGCGUUGCCGAUGCGCCACUCACUUCAGCUCUCCCAUAUACCUACAAGCUUACCAACAAGAGAUAGAGCCUUGCGAGCCCGUCGAGGAGUUCGAUGACCGCAAUAGACUUUACGCUAUCAAAGCAGCGAUCUGCGACUCUGCUGGCCACCGCGGAAGUAUCUCUCGGCAAAUUGCAUAUAACGAAAUGCUCUUCUUAUGCGAGAAAUAUGUCACGGAACGACAUAAGGAGUGCAGUACUAUGCCACUACGCCACCAAAAGGUAACGACGAGUUAUCAAGUCGAAGGCUUGACGUCUCUGCACUCACUAUAUAGUACUGUACUGUGACAAAAUAUGCACCGCUAUCAAACUUAGAAAAGUACGAUCCGAUGAGAGACAUUAGUGUGACAGGAAUUCAGGAAGCUUAUGAUGUGAUGGCUG